AUGCGGGAGGUGUGCGCCGGCUGUGACACCCCCAUCUCCGACCGGUUCCUCCUGCGUGUCAACGAGCGCUCGUGGCACGAAGGCUGCGUGAAAUGCACCGUCUGCCUGCAGCCACUCUCCGGGACCUGCUACUGCCGCAACCGGCAGCUCUACUGCAAACACGACUAUGAGAAGUUGUUCCAGACCAAGUGCAGCAGCUGCCUGAAGGCGAUCGCCCCCUCCGAGCUCAUCAUGAGGGUGAUGGAGAACGUCUACCACGUGCACUGCUUCUACUGCUGCGAGUGCGAGCGGCGCCUGCAGCGGGGAGACGAGUUUGUGCUCAAAGAGGGGCAGCUGCUGUGCCGCAGUGACUACGAGAAGGAGAAGGAGAUGUUGAGCGCUAUCAGCCCUGCGCCCACUGAGUCUGUGAAAAGUGAGGAUGAAGAUGGCAGCCACUCGCACGGCAAAGGCAGCGAGGAGAGCAAAGACCACAAGCGCUCCAAGCGCCCGCGCACCAUCCUCACCACGCAGCAGCGGCGGGCGUUCAAGGCCUCCUUCGAGGUUUCCUCAAAACCCUGCAGAAAGGUGAGAGAGACCCUGGCAGCUGAGACGGGCUUGACUGUGCGGGUGGUUCAGGUCUGGUUCCAGAACCAAAGAGCCAAGAUGAAGAAGAUUGCCCGCAGGCAACAACAGCAACAGCAGCAACAGCAGGAGCAAGACCAGCUGGGCAACCCUCGCUUAGGGACAGGCCGAGGGACCGGCCGCAACAGCCGGCAGAGCAACGAUGACAGCGAAGACGGCGCGAGUGUUCACGGCCUGGAUGGGCUCAUGGUCCCCUACCCCAGGAUCCCCCAGCAGCAGCUGCUGCCCCUGGACCAGAACGGCUACAGCACAGACUUGUACAGACAAGGGCUGACGCCGCCCCAGCUGCCAGGGGACCAUCUGCACCCCUACGACUCCGAAGGAGUUUUUCACGAUAUGGACAGUGAGAGCAUCAGCCACCUGGGAGACUGCCUGCUGUCCACGGCUGAAGCCAACCUCCUCCAAGCCCGCGUGGGCAACCCCAUUGACCGACUCUACUCCAUGCAGAGCUCCUACUUCACAUCCUGACCAUAGAAAAGCUUCCGACUCUUCACGAGUAUCUUGCAUGGAUGCUGCUUCAAAUUCAGAACCAGGGCGAGGGAGAAGAAACAAGACUGAGACCUUCAGAGACUUUCCUUGAGCACUGCACAACGGAGGAGGCAACGAGGUCCGCCACACAUAUAAGCACUAACUCAUGGAGACCUUCCGCAGCCUGAAGGACUUUGGAUCGCCUCUCUCCUUUUUCCUAGCCACGAGUAGAUCGAUGGUAUGAUGUUGUUUAGCUGUAACUUUAGCAGUUUGUCCAGUGUUUAAGCUUUUGAGCAUUAUGUCCUGCAAACAAAGACUGGCCAAGCUACCCAGAGCUGCCCCUCGAAGCAGGAGGAGGUGCUCCUUCCCACAAGAACUCAGUUUAUUGAAGUCUCGGUUGCAGCUCAGCUCUCGCUGUGCUGCUUUGCCUCAUUUCCCAAUCCAGAUGCAGACUUCAUGGGACAAGGUUAAUCUUCAACACUAAAAUCCAAGGCCUGGAGGAUGGAUGCCACUGCUGCUGCUGCAGAGAUUUUCUAGGUGGUCAUCAAUCAGCUGGCCCAGGACAGUUUUUUUAACGUUUGACAUUUCAGGAAUGCACAGUAGUUUGGCUCCUGACUGGAACGCCUAUGCUGGGGUAUCUGCUACAAGAAACAACAGAAUAUUUAUCCUCUGUCAUGUUCCAGGAUGCCAAGAGAAGUUUAACACCCUCACAGUGAGUCCUCUAUGGCCUUUAUGUCUGUCUCUCUAAAAGAGCAGUUUUACUCCCUUUAUGGACAAAGACUUUCACAAAAUGACAGCUGCCAGCCACGCUAAUUUCUGUUGGUUUCUUUUUUUUAAAACAGCAAGGUGAAACAAUUCCACUCUAAAAAUAUUCCUGCUAGAGAGCCCUUCCUCUGCAGGUCUGUCCACAGAGGGAUGUCCCACCCCGGCUGCGCUCGCAGUUUGCUCAGGGCAUCCUGGCACCUCGCUUCCCUCCAACCAGCAACGAGAGAAAGGAACCGGGUUGCAUUGUCUCGUGACGUGGCCCUGCCAAGCUGCUUAACUCCAAGAGGCCACGUUUGGUUUUCACUCUGAGGGCAACCCGGGGGUGGUAUCAGAACUCGGCCAAGAGAAACGCACAUCUCCGCUGCGGAUGGAAAGGAAUAAUUCGUUUUCUCCAUCCAUCAUCACGCCACGAGGCGAGUUAUGAGAAGCAGGUGGGCACCAACGUGUGUACCCAAACAAAGGGCAAGAAAGAGAGAGCAGAGAAUGAAAGUCUGAAUUAUUACCAAAGGGAAAUUCUUUAUUCUCCUGCCUAGGACCCAAGUCUGGGAUUUCGUUCUUUAUACACAUGAAGGAUAGUCGGUGUUCCUGGAAAGGUCAGGUUUUCCCACGAGCCCGCUUGCUGGAGGAAUACAGUCCUCCAGAACUAACCUUCCCUCGUCUAUUUGAACGGAACAACCGGCGGACAACUCCAAAAGGAAAUAAUGACUUAUUUUUAAAUCUUGGAUCUCCAGAGUUGUGAGUCUAGCGGUGCAACCUGAGAACCUGGCUGACUGAUGUUUCUGUAGGUGGUGUUUUACUUCUAAGCCUCCACAGGCUUGUCGGUCUGAUUUUAAAGGUGUGUAGCCUCUCAAAUGAGGAAAAAAAAAAAAAAAAGAUUAAUUUUUGUUGUCUGCAGUUAUGGUGGAAGAUUCCCAGGAACUAAAAAAUGCAGGAUUUGGGAAUGAAAGGAGAUGCAGUCCUGAUGCAUUUUGGGUUUUAUCUGGACCUUUUCACCUUCUCGACUACUUACAGAGAACUGACAUAAAGAACGACGUGUAACAGAACCACAGCCCUCAGAUGGCUCCGCCGUUGCUUCACCUUCAAUAAAGCUGUGUGAACGUGACACGUGCUGAUGUGCAGUCCCUUCCCGUUGCGUUUCCAGUGCCAGGUUUGGUCGCUGGACUUGCCUUUGCUCUCAGUAUGGGUGUCCCUCCCCGGAAGGCAGUCGUGUACAUAGUUUACAGACACUUUGACAUUUUUUUAUGAGGGAAGGGGGAGCCUUUCGCAGAAACAGCUAUUUAUGACACAUCUUUGCCAGGAUAGACAAGUUCUAGACCAAGCUGCUGCAGUUGGGUGACUUCCACCUUUGUUGUGUGGUCAUCCACCCCUACGAAACAAAACAGAAAAGCUCUUAAAGCUGUAUGUUACUUUUAGAGGCUCUUGCACUAGAAACAGUCUCAGUUUAGAUUAAGUUUUAAGAGAAUGUUACAGUGAACUAUGUGCAAAUCGAUGUUUCUCCCAAAUACCAGAGCCAGCUUCACCCACUGCAACCCCACCCUCUCUUCCUUGUGAUCUAGUGCUGUGAUGUGCCGAUGGUUUUUUUUGC